AUGACAGAUCAUCCAGCACCACCACUUCGUGGAUCUACAGUUCUUAGGGUUAUUGGAGAGUCAUUUACUCCUGACGACCAUCGAGCAAGCACACGGAAGAAAAAGAGGAGGCGGCGGCGGCUCGUGUUCGAGGAGGAAAGGGGGUUUCCGCCGCCAGAGAGAGAGAGAGAGAGAGAGAGAGAGGAGGAGCGUUCCUCUAUCACCGCCACCCGCAGUCAGCACUGCCUCCGGCCUCCUCGCCGGCUGACGCUGCCAAGGGACCGGACUUCCGCCUCUCCUUCUCCUCCUCUCGCCAUAGCCACCGCGUGCAGGGGUCUCCUCUUCCUCGUGCAGCCACAUGGGGCGACUUGUGGCACUUGUGGCUCACCGGGUUUAGCAGCCACCACCGCUGCCUACAGCAGCGGUCGCGCUCUCCCGCGGCCGCAGCCACCGCCGGCAGCCACCGCUGCCUUUUCCCGCGGCCACAGCCAUCGCCGACAGCCGCAACAGCCCCCUCACGCGUCUACUGCCGCUGUCUUUAGUAAAUAUCGUCACCUUCCAGGUAGCCACAGCUUGGCAAGCACACGGAAGAAAAAGAGGAGGCGGCGGCGGCUCGUGUUCGAGGAGGAAAGGGGGUUUCCGCCGCCAGAGAGAGAGAGAGGAGGAGCGUUCCUCUAUCACCGCCACCCGCAGUCAGCACUGCCUCCGGCCUCCUCGCCGGCUGACGCUGCCAAGGGACCGGACUUCCGCCUCUCCUUCUCCUCCUCUCGCCAUAGCCACCGCCGGCAGCCGCCGCUGCCCUCUCCCGCGGCCACAGUCGCCGCCGGCAGCCACCGCUGCCCUCUCCCGCGGCCACAGUCGCCGCCGGCAGCCACCGCUGCCCUCUCCCGCGGCCACAGUCGCCGCCGGCAGCCACCGCUGCCCUCUCCCGCGGCCACAGCCGCCGCCGGCAGCCACCGCUGCCUUUUCCCGCGGCCACAGUCGUCGCCGACAGCCGCAACAGCCCCCUCACGCGUCUACUGCCGCUGUCUUUAG